AUGGUAGAUGAGGUGAAAAAGGGGAAUCGAACCACCUCUACUUUCAACAAAGCAGGGUGGAAUAACAUUCAGCGCGAAUUCAAUGAGCAUUCGAGGUGCCAAUAUUCUCUGGACAAGUUCAAAAACAGGGUAUUCAAACUGAAGAAGCGGUAUGGCGGUUUCAAGAAGCCGAUUAACCAAACCGGAUUUGGAUGGGACAAUGUCAACAACAAGAUUAUUGUGCAUGAGAGAACUAUUUGGGAGGAUCGUAUCAAGGAGCAUCCUGACCGGGGUACAUUUAGAAAGGAUGGAUUUCCUUUGUAUCCCCAACUUUGUGUGGUGUUUGGGGAUAUCUAUGCUCUUGGAGAGUUUGCAUCAGGAAAUGUACGGGACCAGAUUUCAUCACCUGAAGGUGACAAUGGUGUUGGGGAUGAAUUUGCUAGUGGUGUUGCAUUAGGUACUCCGGAGGAAGUAAGGGCGGAAGAAGCACAUACCGAAUAUGGGUUAGAUGAUGAACACCAAAGUGGACAAGGGUUGAAUAAUAAAUUGAUGGCUGUCCCAGUUCUCGAGAAGCACAAGUUGAAUAUGACUCCAAAUUCGAAGAGAAGGAGAAAGAGCACUUCAUAUGAAUUUGCCAGCACAUGCAAAGCCAUUCAAGAAUCUCUCCAAAUGAAGAUGGCUCAAUCAUCACAUAUCUCUGUCACCUCACAGGCUCCAUUGCCCGAAUAA